UAACGACUGUUUGCGACACUGCCGUGCGUGGAUACUCAACUCUCCCGAGUGAGAUACCGGUGGAGAGGCGCAGUUAGCAGGAAAAUACCAGAGAAAGGGGUUGUUGUCCAGAUAUCACUGGUUUUCGCCACAGACAAAAAACGUGCAUUUUUUUAAAAAUAUAUCAAAACAUACAGUAAAUGAAGACUCAAGGCUGAGCGUUGAAAAGCAGCGCGAGGGAAGGCAACUAAUUCUCUAACCGUGGCUGUUGAAGUAAGUUGCCUCCCAAGCGACGCUUUAAAAGGAAGAGGGAUCUAGAUCAGACCACAACAACAGUGAAAAUGGACUAUGAUUUCAAAUUGAAGCUGACAGGGGAACGAGAACGUGUCGAAGAUCUGUUUGAAUACGAAGGAUGCAAAGUUGGUCGAGGGACGUACGGACAUGUGUACAAAGCGAAAAGAAAAGAUGGGAAGGACGAUAAAGACUAUGCCCUCAAGCAGAUUGAAGGCACAGGGAUCUCUAUGUCUGCUUGCCGUGAGAUUGCACUGCUGAGAGAGCUGAAACACCCCAACGUGAUCUCCCUGCAGAAAGUGUUCCUGUCACAUGCGGACCGCAAAGUCUGGCUGCUGUUCGACUAUGCCGAGCAUGACCUCUGGCACAUCAUUAAGUUCCACAGAGCCUCGAAGGCAAAUAAGAAGCCAUUGCAGCUGCCCAGAGGCAUGGUCAAAUCCCUGCUGUACCAGAUCCUGGAUGGCAUCCACUAUCUACACACCAACUGGGUCCUGCACAGAGACCUGAAACCGGCCAACAUCCUGGUGAUGGGGGAGGGCCCAGAGCGAGGCCGCGUUAAGAUUGCGGAUAUGGGCUUUGCGCGGCUCUUUAACUCACCACUGAAGCCUUUAGCAGAUUUGGACCCUGUGGUGGUCACCUUCUGGUACCGGGCACCUGAGCUACUGCUGGGAGCCAGGCACUACACCAAAGCCAUCGAUAUUUGGGCAAUUGGCUGCAUCUUUGCAGAACUGUUGACGUCAGAGCCCAUAUUCCACUGUCGACAGGAGGACAUCAAAACCAGUAACCCAUACCACCACGACCAACUGGACCGCAUCUUCAACGUCAUGGGCUUCCCUGCAGAUAAGGACUGGGAGGACAUUAAGAAGAUGCCGGAGCACUCCACGCUCAUGAAAGACUUCAGAAGGAACACGUACACUAACUGCAGCCUUAUUAAGUACAUGGAGAAGCAUAAAGUCAAACCUGACAGCAAAGCAUUCCACUUGCUGCAGAAGCUGCUGACGAUGGACCCCAUCCGUAGAAUAACGUCUGAGCAGGCCAUGCAGGACCCCUACUUCCUGGAGGAGCCACUGCCCACCUCUGAUGUGUUCGCUGGCUGCCAGAUACCCUACCCUAAAAGGGAAUUCCUUACUGAGGAGGAGCCAGAAGACAAGGCAGACAAAUUGAAACUGCAGAAAAACCAGCAACAACAACAGGGGAACAACCACACCAACGGGGCGGGCCAUGCCGGUAACCAAGACAACAGCCACGCCCAGGGCCCACCUCUGAAGAAGGUGCGGGUGGUCCCCCCCACCACUACCUCAAGUGGCCUGAUUAUGACCUCAGACUACCAGCGCUCCAAUCCACAUGCUGCCUAUCAGAACCCAGGACCAAGCACAUCACUGCCCCAGAGCAGCAUGGGAUACUCCUCUACCUCCCAGCAGCCGCCGCAGUACUCCCACCAGACCCACCGCUACUGAGAGCCCUGCCCCUCUCCACCCCUCACUUCCUCCUCAAGCUCCUCCUCUUCCUCCUCCUGGCCACACCCAAAGCCCCAGCCCUGGUCCAGCCCCUCACAGCGCCCAGCAGGGAGAAUGUACGGAGGGAGGAGGGACGAUUCUGAGCGCGUGCGGAAUCAAGCAGGAACAACCCCUACCCACUUCCAUAACUCCAACCUUGACCUAACCCCCCACACACCCACCACACACCCAUCUCCCUCCCACCCCUUGCCCUACCCCUACCCCUGCCCAUGCACUGUGGGCACCUAACUCAAGCGUGUGCCCGUAGCUCAACUCAGCUCUGCCAAUAAGAAACGUUAUGAACAUCACCGUGACACACCACCACCAAUACAGUAAAAAAACAAAAAAAACAGAUAAAUCUUCAGCCGGACUUAAUCAUUGCCUAUACAAGAAAAACAAA